CCCUGGAAUAGGUGGAAAGCUCGAACGCCUGUGUGCAUUUACGGUGGGGGCGUGGCCCGCCCGCGGUUUAGUCAGACUGCGCGGCCGGACGCCGGCGCCAUGGAGGAGUACGCUCGGGAGCCUUGCCCAUGGCGAAUUGUGGAUGAUUGCGGUGGCGCCUUCACUAUGGGUGUUAUCGGCGGUGGAGUCUUCCAGGCCAUUAAGGGCUUCCGCAAUGCCCCUGUCGGAAUUCGGCACCGAAUGAGAGGCAGUGUCAACGCUGUGAGGAUCCGAGCCCCUCAGAUUGGAGGUAGCUUCGCAGUGUGGGGGGGCCUGUUCUCCACCAUCGACUGCGGUCUGGUGCGGCUGCGGGGCAAGGAAGAUCCCUGGAACUCCAUCACCAGUGGAGCAUUGACCGGGGCUGUGCUGGCUGCCCGCAGUGGCCCAUUGGCCAUGGUGGGCUCAGCAAUGAUGGGAGGCAUUCUGUUGGCCCUCAUCGAGGGUGUUGGCAUCCUCCUCACUCGCUACACUGCCCAGCAGUUCCGCAAUGCACCCCCAUUCCUGGAGGACCCCAGCCAGCUGCCCCCUAAGGAGGGUACCCCAGCCCCAGGCUACCCCAGCUAUCAGCAAUACCACUGAGGAAGUGACCGCCUGUCAUCGCCACCGUGGGAGCUCCUCCUUGGUUCCCUCCGCGAUGAUCUACCUCGAAGGGAGGGCUGGCUCCCGGUUGGCCCUGGGACCCUCCAGAGAGGGCCUCUACUCUGUUCCCUUAUCCCAGGUUGGGGGUGGGGCACCCCAGCUGCCCUGAUGGGUGGGUCCCUUCUCUCUCAGGCACCCCAGCCCCCACUCAUAUGUAACAAGCUCUCACCCCAGUCCCUUUGCAUGGCGCCCUGAUCAGUAUUUAAAGCCAGUUUUGAAAUGCCUAUGUAUGUACUCCUUGAGCCACCCAUUGGAGCUGCUCACUAGGACAAGGGGUAGAGCCCUCUUCAGGGACUUGGGAGCCCUAGGAUUUGGAGUCCCACAGAGAGUGGGCUCUAGUAAAGGUUUGUGGGAUGAAUGUGUAGGAGGGGGAAUGAAUCCAGAUGUGAAUAGUACAUGAAUAAGGGGGCCAAGUGUUGAAUCACAAGCAGACGGAAGAGGAACAGGCUUGGGAAAGAAAUGAGUGAACACAGGAUUGCUGGGGUAGAGGGGUGGUUCAGCAUGCGGCACCUCUGACCCCUCUCCCCCAUGUCCCCAUUGCAAAGACUGGGAAAUCUGA